CUGUGCUCGAGGAACGCUUCAUUGAUACAGGACAAACAGAGCUAGUGGGCAAUCGUCCAAACUUGACUUUAAUAUACAACGCCCGACCCUCCUGACUUCACUUCAGCUGGUGAAAAAAAUCUGAUUACUCAAUGCAUGUUUGUGUCAGUCCUGCGAUCCGACUGCCGUGACUCGAUGCGUGCGUGAACAUACCUCCUCUCGUGUUGGGCAGCUACACCAUUGAACGGGAUGGGGAGAAGAGGGGGAGGGAAGGCCGUUCCGAGUCAAGGGAAAAGGCGGGAACAAGCAGACGUCAAAACUAAAUGUCGUCUGACGACGCAGAAGGGAUGGAAAUGGUGAAACUGCGCGUUGUGUGUGUUGAUAUAAGCAUACUCAUGGAUAUCCAAAGGAUAUUUAUCAAGACAGUCUGAUAUCCCUCUUGAAGUCAAGGGUCCAAGACGUCUUCCAGUUGUUCCAGCUACUGCUGCUAUGUCUGAACGCCCGCCGUCCUUUAGUAGAGCAUGCCGGGAGAGUUCAAAAGGCAGUUAUCACGUCGCGUGCAGGAGUUCGAACUGUACAAGGAUGACAAGGACGUGUUCAAGGACGUUGAGUACGCGAGACGACGUGCCGAUCGUCGCCGAGAAUUGAAGAGGCUUGAGAGCGACAAACGCUUGAAGUGUUGGAAGAAGGUGUACGUGCCUUCAUUGCUCGCCAUCUUCGCGAGCUCCGCUGCACUGCUCUGCAGCUCAAUCUCAAGUCUGGGACAGAAUUCAUUCUUCUUUGCAUACAAAGAAAUAUUUCAUAUCGUGGGACCCAUUGUGCUUAUUGCCGGCAUCAUAGGGCUAAUGGUGGCGGCUGCUUGUUCUUAUCGGGAGGAGGAAAGACUCAGAAUCGAACUCGGACUUCCGAGUCAGUUUCCUCAAGGGAGAUCAACCUCGACUGUAGGUUCAAUCAAAAGUGACACACAGUCUAUGUCAACGUCUGAAGUCAACGAACUACUUUCCAGGAGAAAGAAACGACGCUUCUGGAAAAAGGCUUCAUCAGAUUCUUUGGAAGCGUCCAAUUUUUUAGAGUCCAGCUGUUCCUCGGCCGCGACGGACAUGACGUGGAUGCAACACUCAGCGUCGCGCCCUAUAACACUGGAGGUUGCCGAGGCGCACGUGUUUGAGGAGUGUGAAGAGGAGGGAGACUUUGAACGCGUUGUGGACACGCAUAUUACAGCUAGGCAAUACACCAUGAUGCACCCACAGACUUCAAAAACCAUAAGUGACUCGAACGAGUGUUUUGUGUCAGAAAAUUCAUCUGGGUAUUCCACCGUUGCGGGCAGUGAGCCUGACAACGCGGGUAUGGACGCAAAUAGGUCCGUCCUUGUUGAAGUGACGGGGGAUCCUGGAGAUGCUGUGAUGACGGAGUCGAACAGUGAGUUGAACUUCGAAGAGCAGAGAUGAACUCUGGAUAUUACCGAGUGACUGGUCAACGGAAAGGAUCAAUGUUCAAGAUAAUAUACAUUUCUUGGAUAUUCACAAUGAUGAUUCUAGUGUAAACUGUCGAACUUUCAAAACUUAGGUUCUGUUUUGCAACAAUCUCAUUAAAAUUAAAUCUUACUUCUUGCUACCGCUAAACAACGCUUUGUUAGCGGUAGCGAGAACAAAGAUCUAAGUUCGUAGUUCUUGCUACCGCUAAACAAUGCUUUAUUAGCGGUAGCGAGAACAAAGAUCUGAUUUUAAUGAGAUUGGUUUUGCACACAUUCAUCACUGAAAACAAAACCGCUUUGCUAAAAUAUGAUCGUAUCGAAACGGUUGAUUCGCUGGAGAUAUGUUUUGGUUUUGUGUUCGUUUCCUGGAAGUGUUUGGACAUUUAUCACAACACGUGUCAUCCCAAAAUAAUUAUAAAUACCAAUCCUGAACUCAAAUCACUAGCCCAUCGAAUCCCAAGGAGACGGAGAUAAGUCAGUGGACUUUUCUAUACAAGACGGUGUGUCCGAUGUGGCAAUUUCCUUAAUGAAUUCUGAAUUUCAUCUGUAUGAGCAUCAUUUCAAAACAGUAUUUACCUCGUGCAUUUCAUGACAUCAUGUCGUGUAAAAGGAUAAGUGAUCCGAACGUAUUAAGAAUCUUUGGUAGGGUUGGAACCGGAAGGGAUGUUUCAGGGUCGUAUCGUAUGCAUUUUUACUGACAGCUGUUUUUUGUCUUACACUUGCCUCACUUACUUCCUGGCGUUUAAACCACACUGUUUCUACCUCAGCGAGUGGGUCAAAUGUCAAGACUCGUCGCAUUUAUGUUCAGUGUUCUUGGUCAGUAACGUGGCCACCACGAUCGACAUCGAUCAAAGGACGACCACAGCAUUUUGAGCACGUUUUACUUAACACUUAUUAAAUAUUCCAUAUACACGGACAAUCGACGGUGUCGAUUUCACGGGGAUUAAACCAUAUGGUUACCUCAAUUUAUGAUUGCAAAGGGAAAAAAAUAAAAAUCACUUUUUA